ACAAAGACAGACAUUUACAUCUAAACGAAAGGAGGCAGCAGCGGUAUCACCAUCAUGCUGCAACGGCAACGGCAACGCACUGGCACCUCCUCCUCGAUCCAUAAUCCGGAUGGGGAUGCGGAUGGGGCUGAGGAUGGGGAGGUCUGCGCCUUCUGCCUGGAACAGAUACGGAACCCGGUCAAGUUACGGUGCAGUCACACAUUCUGCAAGGGCUGCUUGCAGAAAUACCGCGAGGCGCGCGGAUGGGUGGCCGAGCGCUGUCCGCUCUGCCGGCGCAGACUGGAUGAUUAUGUGGCCCGGAACUGGAUGGCUACUUGGAUCUUGGUUGUUUUUUUAUUGGUUCUUUUGAUACUCCUCAGCCAGGGGACCUUCUACUUGCUGCUUCUCUACUGGUAGACCGCCGUGAAAAGAGGUCCGCUUCCCCUGAAGAUGUUCAGACCAUACAAAAUUAGAUAUACUCGUACAUAGAUGGAAAGAUAGGGACGAAUACAAAGUUGAGUGAAUUUUAAUUAAAUCUAAAAGCCAUAAAAUUCUAUGCGAAAUGCGCUUUAUCCUGGUCCAUUGUCCCCUAUCCUUUGUCCAC